UUUUUUUUUUUUUAAAUGUUUAAGAAUAAGAUGAGAGAAGACCAAAGAAAGGCGAUUUUUCUUCAUAAUUGAAAAUUUUCCCAGUUCCCGAGGAUUUGGUUAAUUUCAUCACACUCCGAAUCUUCAACUCAAUCGCAUUUCGAAGCCGAAUAUCUUCCUCAACAAUCGCACCUCUUUGGAAUUCCAGGCAAAAAAAUGGUGUAGAUUGGAUUGGAAAAGGCUUGUUUCAAUGGGAGAGUAUUGAAAUCUAGGGUUCGUUUUUGGUACCCUUUGUUUCAGCAAAGUACCCUCUAUUCAAUUAUUUUUUGCUACGUUUUCUUUUCAAUUCAAUUUUUGAGUUCCUGAGCUUGAGAAGAAGAAGAAGAAGAAGAUAAAAGAGGAAAAUGAAACAGUUGGUGGGGAGACCAGGAUCGGGAAGUGGGUUGGUACUGCGAUUAGGGCAAGCUUCUUGUGCUGCCGCUUCGAUUGGGCUUAUGGUCUCUGCCAGUGGCUUCGCUACUUUCACUGCUUUUUGCUAUUUGAUCGCAUCAAUGGGACUUCAAGUGCUUUGGAGCUUUGGACUUGCAUGUCUUGAUAUUUAUGGUUUAAGGAGAAAGAGGGACCUCCAAAAUCCAAUCCUAGUGAGCUUGUUCGUUGUUGGAGAUUGGGUGACAGCUACUCUAUCACUAGCAGCUGCAAGCUCCUCAGCCGGGAUCGUUAUUCUGUAUGCAAGAGACAUGGAUUUCUGCUCGCCUCAAUUUCAUCUCCCAUGCGCGAGAAAUUUACUCGUUUUUGGCGGCGCGGCUCCAUUUAUUCGUGAUGGUUUCAUCCUUGGUCUAUUUAUAAGCUUAUUAUUUGUUUUAAGCUAAUGACAAAAGGAGAGGGUAAGUCUUAAAGAAUAUGAGAAUUCUAUAGUUGAAACGAUUUCAUGACUCGGCCAUAUUUGUUGAAGCUGUGUGUUUGAAGUCCUCGCUUGAACAGAUCUACAGCCAUCUUAAAGUGAAAGUCUUCUUUCUCUCUCUUUCUCUUGGAGAAAUAAAUGAAAUUGUUAUUUAC